ACGACGUGUAGUAUUCUUCCCGACGAGCAUUGAGUGGUAGCAGUGAGUCCCUCUCCUCGUCCUGUACCUUGGCAAGCUUUCAGUCAGCGACAGCCGGCGUCGUACGAGACAGCAGCAGAAGGUGUGACUAAGAUCUCGACUGACAUCGUGCCCUCCGCCAGCAAAGCGCAUACUUGGCCCUCGAUCGACCAUCACCGCCAUCACUCGCUACCCACUCACGACGACUGUCGCUUACACCGACAUCACCUUCCUCUGCUAUCCACAGGAGCUGCCAGCGCCGACUUGUGUGAUCCAACCCUUCUCCUCGCCUUCGACUGCCCGCCUUGAACACGUCGCGAAGCUCUGCCGAUAGCGCGUUUCUCUGCCCAUCUCUUCGCCGCCGCUCCCGCCCAGCCAAUCCAGCAGCGGCUGGCCAUUUUGUCCCGUCGGAUUGGUUCAAUGUUGAAGAAAAGAAGAAGCCGUCGCCCGUCUCUCGUCACCGCCUCCCUCCAUUCCUAGAUGGCCGAUGGUGCCUUUCGGUUCCAAGGAGCCGGCCAGUAUUUCUACCAACCACAGUCGCAGCGCCAGCUUCAGACUCGUCACGGCUCGCCCAUCACCACCUCGCAACGAAUCCCCUUCCACACCCAAGACACUCCCUCGCCCAAUCGCUCCCCCGGCGCCAACUCGCCUGCGUUUACCAUGUUUAAUCAACAUGGCAUCCUCAACGGCAACAGUCACCAGCGCUUCCAGAUGCACAUGAACAUGUCCAAGCAGUUCGGCCAGCAACAACAGUCUCAGCAAAAUCUGCAGACUCACCAUCAAAACCAAGGCCAUUCUCAGCAGCAGCAACAACCCCACCACUCUCAACACCAGCAACACCACCACGAUGCCUUUGCAAACCACUCGCACAACCUCUCGAGCUCGACUCCGCACUUUACCCCCAGCCACAUGCAAAGCCAGACCCCGCUUAGCACGCAUAGUCAGCUUAGCAAGCCUACCAGCGAGCAUUGGCAGGAGCAGCUACGUCUGGCUCAAGCUUCGCGCGACGCAACACAGCCUCACUACUACGCUAGAAACGCCCAUGUUGCUAGUCGACAAGCCAUUGCCCAGUUGGGGCCCGGUGCUAGAAAGACCGAGGAGAACAAGGAAGAGCGUGGGAGGAGGAUGCCCUAUCAUGACGAGAAGCACCCUUUCACCGCCAUCGACUUUGGUGGCCAGGGUCUGCGUGCGCUUGCAGAGAACCUCUUCAAAUACUAUUUCCUCGAGAAGCUCUACGUCAAUCAGAACAAGCUCAACUGGUUAGUGCCCGAGAUUGGCAUGCUACGCCGCCUCACUUUCCUCGACCUCUCUCAGAACGAUCUUGCCAUCAUCCCAGCAGAGAUCGGUAUGCUCACAAAUCUUCGAACCCUCCUCCUCAUCGACAACAACCUUGUCGACUUGCCCAGCGAAUUGGGCUAUCUCUAUCAACUGGAGACGCUCGGCCUCGAGGGCAACCCUCUGAAUGAUAACAUCAAGGACCUCAUUGCCGAGUCGGGCACUGGAGAACUGAUCCGCACUCUACGUGAGCACGCCCAGGGUCCUGCACGGCCUGAGGAACGUGACUGGAUCGUCCUCGACGAGGCUCCAGCUGGAGAGCAGGAGCGCUUUAGAGUCUACAGUCACAACAUCCUCUGCGACAAAUACACGACCGAAGCUCAAUACGGUUACGCCCCUUCGCAUGCCUUGCUGUGGGAGAACCGCAGAGAGGAUCUUCUGAAACUUAUCAGAGACAGUCGGGCUGACAUUAUCUGUCUGCAAGAGAUUGACGCCGAGAGUUUCAAUGAGUACUUCCGCCCGCAGCUCGCCCAUAACGAUUACAGGGGAAUGUUCUGGCAAAAGUCUCGCGCCCACACCAUGUCGGAGAAGAAUGCCAAAUUGGUCGAUGGUUGCGCCACUUUCUACAACAAUACCAAAUACAUCUUGCUUGACAAGCAGGUCGUUGAAUUUGGACGUACUGCCAUUAACCGCCCGGACAUGAAGGGAGAACACGACAUCUUCAACCGUGUCAUGACUCGUGACGAUAUUGCUACCGUGGCGUUCCUCGAGAGCCGUCAGUCAGGCGCUCGUCAAAUGGUAGUCAACCUCCACUUGUUCUGGGACCCGCAGUUCAAGGAUGUCAAGGUUGUCCAAGUUGCCAUUCUAUUGGAGCAGCUCAAUCGUCUGAGCAGAGAGUACGCCAAAUGGCCUGCACUCAAAGACAAAGAAUUGUUCCGCUAUGCCAAUGGUGACGAAGUCGAUGAGGAACCUGUCGAGAAAGCACCGCCUGCACCCUCGCAAGAAUAUGCGUCCAAUACUGACAUUCCGCUCAUUAUCUGUGGCGAUUUCAACAGUACUUCCGAAAGUGGUGUCUACGACUUGCUGGAACACGGCUCGCUCUCAUCCUCACACGACGACCUGGCCGGCCGCAAGUAUGGUAAUUUCACGAAGGAGGGUAUGGCCCAUCCUUUCAGCUUGAAGUCGUCCUACUCGCACAUUGGCGAACUAGAUUUCACCAAUUACACGCCUACCUUCGUCGGAUGCAUCGACUACAUUUGGUACUCGACGAAUGCCUUGAAUGUCACUGGCCUGCUCGGAGAAAUCGACAAGCAAUACCUCAGCCGAGUACCUGGGUUCCCUCACAUCCAUCAACCCUCUGAUCACAUCAACCUUCUGGCCGAGUUUGCAGUCAAAGUCAGGAAAGAGUCAAAGAGAUCGGAGGCAGACUUCGGGCAUAGCUCGCAUGAUCACAGGCAUCGAUAAGUCGACUCGAUGCCUCAAACAAUGACUAUAACAACAACGCAAA